ACUCAGCACGAACAAGACGCUUCUUUUAAACAGUCGCUCCUAUUAAUUUAAAUCAAAAUGAAACAGUACUCUGUCCUCGGUAAUAAGAAGAAAGUAACCAUGGAGGCUAAUCCGACUAGCCUUAAGGUGGUUGGCAAUAAUUGUGUUGUGAGAGUGAAAAUAAAUCAAGGUGAAAUUGAAGUGAUCGGUAAUGACUGCCGUGUGGAGGUGGUCGAUAAUACUGGCACCGUAAACUUAGUUGGCAGCGGUGGUAAAGUUAUCAUCACUAAGAGGUGGAAGGGAGACAAGGUGUCUAUGGUUGGACCUAAUUGCCACCUAAUGGUAAACGGCAAAGACAAGACAACUCCAACUUAUGAAGCUCAGCUGUCGCCUUUCAGCAAGGAACUGGAUGACGUCAUCGAAUCGAUCUUUUCUUUCGUGAUGCGUUGAUCGAUCAAGCGUGAUAUGGCAGGUUAUAGCUUCGCGGGUCAUCGCUGGAUAUCGUCGGCUUUUUCUUUGAAUCUUAAGCUUCGGUGGAAGCUUGCGCUGUUUCAAGUGAAAAUGGAAUUAUUUGCUUCGUAUUGUGAACGUAUGGUGUAGAUGAGUGUCAUUGCAAUUUGUGUACUUACCUAUUUUGUAAAUAGUUCAAAGUUCGAUAAAAAAUUGCAUUAUAUAAAACAAAAAAAAAAAAAAAAAGUUAAUCACCUUAACUGUGACGUAAGAUCCUUUUAGAUAAAAACAUGAUAUGAUCAAGUUAUCUAUCUUUUAUAUUAUAUGCCUUUGUUCAAAAUGUAUGGUUUUACUUGUCUUCCAAUCAAAAUACGUUAAAACGAUAACACAUCGUUCCUAUUUUAAACACAUGUCAAGAAUUUAAUGAAUUAGAACACACGGUCAUAGCGGAUGUGACUUCCUUAUUUGCCUGGUCUUGCUCUAGUCAUAUAUUACAAUAUUAAGUAGUACUUAAAACUAAUUA